AACGCACGUCGAUCUUGAUUAUCAUUCUCUCUACCACCCUUUUUCGAUUCAUUCCAACAAACCCUAUUUCUCUUCCAUCACACUCUACUACUUCCUCCUCUGUUGUUCCUUCACCGGAGAUCUCCACCGUCGCCUCAUACUGAUAGAUUUGUUUAUGCAUGACGAUAGUGCUGCGCCGUUGGCUUCUUUUCAACUGUUUUAAUGGCGAUCGGUGCGCGUUAUUCAUAUACUUCGGGUUUUGUUACGCAGAAAACCUUUCUUUUGUACGCUUCUUUUCCCGUCCCGAUCUUGUAAUGUUGAUCUUGUGCAUCUGGAUUGGUAUCAGGUUGACGGUUUUCAUUUUCCGGAGUCUGCAGAUUCUUAGCGGAGAAGAGUUGAUCUGAAUGGCUGAAUUCUGGUAUCAGGUCGACGGUUUUUCAUUCUCAGGUAUCUUCCGAUCUCUAAGGUGGGGAAGAGUUGAGAAAUUCAGAAUGACGGAAUUCUGGUAUCAGGUCGAAUAGUUAUUCUUCCGAUUUUAGGCUGAGAACUGAGAAGAGUUGAAAUCUGAAUGGCUGCACUCUUGUUUGUGACUUUUUCCGCCCGCUGAUUCUGAUGGCUAAUUCUACUAGAAGAGAUAUGGUAGUACCAACCUGAGACCUUUGCAUUUGAGAACACAAAUGUGCAGCAGAAGUGUGCACACCAAUUCAAUUUUGUUGAACACAGGUUUGUAGAACAUGCAGGUAACAUAAGACAAACAUUCCUUUCCAGUUAUUCCAUAAUCUACAUAGAGUUGCUUGUUUCGUACUUUAUUUUGUAGAAAUUCUAAAAUGCUCAUUCAACAUUUCAUACCAUAUCUGAUUGUCUUUUUGCUAAACACAUUUAAUAUAGUAGCUGAAGUGGAAGAUCACACUGGUGGCAGCUUUGCCUUUUAAUUGUCCAUCUGCCUGUUUCCCAAUCAUUUCACUAAUGCAAUUGUAAUCUGUUCCAAGUUUGAAAAAGUUAUCCUCAAGAUUUUUCUUGAAAUAAUUCUUUCUUACUCUAUCAAUACUAAUAUUGUAUCUUUUUAGAAUAGUAUUGAGGAGAAAAUUUACCCCAAGUUCAUUGAUUUUUCUGGUGCAUCAUUCUGAUGAGGUCCUGGCUGACUUAACUGGAGGUCUAGAGGUGCUUGCAUAUCAAUACCAUCGCUGAAAUUGUAAGUUGAGUGGGAGCUUCUGUGACCUUCAUUUGCGUUCCUUUGUCCGUACAACUGAGCCAAAAAUUAGUAUUUACAUGUGGUGAGAGAAAAAUAUUUUACUUUAUAGAAUUGUAGAUGAAUUCCAUUUGGCUUGUGUCUUGAUGGCAUUAGGUUUUUUAACUUAAUCUACUGUUUAACUACCAAGGAAAGAAAAGAAGGUUACAUCAUUUCUUAGCCUAAGAAGAAGGUUAAUUAAGAGAUAGUAACAUAAGAAGUUUGCAGAAACGAAUAAUAGUGCUAGAGGAUACCUUAUUUUGAAGUUCAGUAUUUUCCUGGCGAAUGGUGUCUACUGUUUUAUGUAGUUCUAGGUUUUCUUGAUGAAUGAGAUUUCCCUGCAAUUGCACAAAUUAGAGUUGCUCAAUUAAAAUUUGCUCUAAGGGGAAACCUGGAUACAAUGUAGAAAAUAUUCUAGGGAAAACCUUCUGAUUUAGUUCUUGGAUUUCAUCAGUCAGAGCUUGCUCCUGCAGGGAAUGGAAAAAGGAAAAAAGAAACAAUACUAGAUGAGUUUAGUUUAUUUAUUUUUAUAGAGCAACACUCCCAAUUUCAGAAGUUCACUUGCCUUCUUUGUACGGACACUUUUCAAACUCAUCUCCAGCUGACUUUCCAGGUUCUGUAGAUCGUUGACAUUCAAACCAGAUAGUUCUUCUCCCAUCAGUUGUCUGCACAUUUGUUAGGUCUUUUGA